ACCUGUGAAUAAAACGGUGAUUCUGGUUAGUUUGUUUGUCUCGCGAACAGUUAGCAGUGUGGCUAAUCUCUCAACGAGGAGUGUUAGCGUCUCGUGAAGCCCGUUCAAAACUACGGAAAGAGCGCGCGCAGGUCUACGUCAUUUCUUGUGGGUGGGCUGUUCUUUUUUAAUUAAUAUUCCAUAUGAAAUAAAUAUUAAACCAUAACGAAAAAUGUCUGCUUUUUUCAGGAAUUAAACAACUGAAUAUACGUUUUGAUUUGGGUCGCCACUUUAAAAAUAGGUUUAAUAUGUUUUUUUUUGUUUGUUUUUUUUUUAAAGACGUGAUUACGUUGCCAAGUCAGAUAUGAUUGGCGUCUUUUUAUGUCAACCAAUCAGAAUCCAGGUGAUGUAGCGUAAGCCUAUGAGAAAAAAGGAUAAAGGCAAGAGCCAGUCUACACACAACAAACACACACGGAUCAGGACCCCUUCAGUGGCGUAGAAUUGCACAGACAUCUAUAGCAGAUGCUUAGCUAGGUAUGCAGUAGUUUUACACUCAUUUACCCCAGUUACCUCAGGCAAAAAUAUGGUCCAAGCCAAGACGUGGAUCCUGAAGCAGUACUUUGAGGGUUUUCCUAAAGACAGUGACUUUGAGCUGAAGCUGGAGCAGCUGCCUGAGCCAAAAGAUGGAGAAGUACUUUUGGAAGCAGUGUUCCUAAGUGUGGAUCCCUACAUGCGGCCUUUUAGUAGUGGGCGAAUGCAGCCAGGAGAUGUGGUGAUCGGAGCGCAAGUGGCCAAAGUAAUUCGGAGUAAAAACCCAGCAUUUCCUGAGGGCAGUCAUGUAGUUGGCCGGUGCGGCUGGAGAACACACACAAUAUCCGAUGGAACCAGUUUCACCCGGGUCCUGAGCGACUGGCCUCAGACUGUUCCUCUUUCUCUUGCUCUCGGCGCCAUCGGCAUGCCAGGGCUGACUGGUCUAUAUGGUUUAGAAGAGGUUUUGGCCAUUAAACCGGGGGAGACCCUCCUGGUGAACGCGGCGGCUGGUGCUGUUGGGAGCGUUGUGGGUCAGAUUGCUAAACUGAAAGGCUGUAAAGUGGUGGCUUCAGCUGGGAGUGAUGCUAAAGUGGCCUAUCUGAAAGAGCUGGGUUUCGACUAUGCCUUCAACUACAAAACUGUGUCCUCUCUGGAGGAAGCUCUAAAACAAGCCUCACCAGAGGGAUAUGAGUGCUACUUUGAUAAUGUUGGUGGGCAUUUCUCCAGUGUUGCGCUUUCACAGAUGAAGACGUUUGGGAGGAUCGCUGUUUGUGGAGGAAUUUCCCUUUACAAUGAUGAUGAACCCCAAACAGGUCCUUAUCCACACCUGCCUAUACUCUUUAAGGAGUUGCGGAUGGAGGGCUUCUUGGUGGGGAGAUGGGCACAUAAGAAUGCGGAGUCUCUGAAAAGGCUGUUGAUUUGGCUGCAGGAGGGAAAGCUGAAGUGUAGAGAGCAUGUGACUGUGGGUUUUGAGAACAUGCCAGCUGCCUUCAUGGGGAUGCUGCAGGGAGAAAACCUCGGGAAAGCCAUUGUUAAAGUCUGAAAGCUUCUUUCUUCUGGCUCAGACUUGUGAAACUGUCCCCUGCUACACAUGUAAUAAAAUCUUGGGUUUGUCUUUGUA